GAGGGCGGGCAGGCGGGCGGGAGGCAUCCCGCGCAUCCCCCGCGCAUUCCCGGCUCGCCGGAGCCGCCUCUCCCUCUCGUCCCCGGCGGGGCUCGGGCAGCCGGCUGGGGGGCGAGUGGGAAUUUUUUUUUUUUUUUUUUAAUUUUUCGGGGGGUGGGGGCGCGGGGCUCCUGUGGCUUUUCCGGGGGGUUUGGGCCCCCGGCCCCGCGCCCCUGCCCUCCUCCGGCGGCCGGCUGCCGGCGGGCCGGGCCGCGGCGGCGGCGAGCACCAUGAUGAUGUCUCUGAGCAGCAAGCAGCCUUUCGGCCUCCCCCACGGCGGCGGCAGCGGCGGCGGCCUCCACGAAACCAAGUACUCGGCCCUGCACACCGCCUCGCCCUGUCCCUCCGCCGGCGCCGCCGCCCCCGCCGCCAGCUCCCCCAGCAGCACCGGCACCGGCGGCUCCGCCGGACGCGGCUCCGGCUCCGGCUCUGGCCCCGGCGGCAGCGGCGGCUCCGGCUCCAGCUCGGGCUCCGGCCCCGGCGGCAGCGGCGGCGGCGCGGAGGCGAUGCGGCGGGCCUGCCUGCCCGCCCCUCCGAGCAAUAUAUUCGGCGGUCUGGACGAGAGCCUGCUGGCCCGCGCCGAAGCCCUGGCAGCGGUGGACAUCGUCUCCCCGAGCAAGAGCCACCACCACCACCCGCCGCACCACAGCCCCUUCAAGCCGGACGCCACGUACCACACCAUGAACACCAUCCCCUGCACCUCGGCCGCCUCCUCCUCCUCCGUGCCCAUCUCCCACCCGUCCGCCCUGUCGGGCACCCACCACCACCAUCACCACCACCACCACCACCACCACCAGCCUCACCAGGCGCUGGAGGGGGAACUCUUGGAGCACCUGACGCCGGGACUGGCGCUGGGGGCCAUGGCGGCCCCCGACGGCGCCGUGGUCUCCACGCCGGGCCACGCUCCGCACAUGGCCGGCAUGAACCCCAUGCACCCGGCGGCGCUGGGCAUGGCCCACGCCCACGGGCUGCCGGCCCACAUGGGCUGCAUGAGCGACGUGGACGCCGACCCCCGCGACUUGGAGGCCUUUGCCGAGCGCUUCAAGCAGCGCCGCAUCAAGCUGGGGGUGACCCAGGCCGACGUGGGCUCGGCGCUGGCCAACCUGAAGAUCCCGGGGGUGGGCUCCCUCAGCCAGAGCACCAUCUGCCGCUUCGAGUCCCUCACCCUCUCCCACAACAACAUGAUCGCCCUCAAACCCAUCCUGCAGGCGUGGCUGGAGGAGGCCGAGAAGUCCCACCGCGAGAAACUGGCCAAGCCCGAGCUCUUCAGCGGCGCGGAGAAGAAGCGCAAGCGGACCUCCAUCGCCGCCCCCGAGAAGCGCUCGCUGGAGGCCUAUUUCGCCCUGCAGCCCCGGCCCUCCUCCGAGAAGAUCGCCGCCAUCGCCGAGAAGCUGGACCUCAAGAAGAACGUGGUCCGCGUCUGGUUCUGCAACCAGCGCCAGAAGCAGAAGCGCAUGAAGUACUCGGCGGGCAUCUGAGCCGGCCGCGAGCAGCACCGACAGCAUCAGCGCCAUCGUCACCGACAAAAAAUUCAGUAAACGAGAAGAACGACAAAAAGGAAAGGAGGAAAACA